UUAGCUUGUUGAUAGGGAUCAUGAACGUUGGCGAUGAAUUAGCUUGGUAGCCAGUUGACAGAAAAACAUUUUUGAAUGUAGUAUACAGAUAAGAUGUCAAUGGACAACAGGAAAAGGCAAGCAGGCUCCUGUAACUCUAGUAACUUGGUUUCCUGGUCCUCCUUGUUCCAACGUCAACCAACCAGGGUUCUUAUCAUUGAGGCUCUGCCACCCUGGUGGUCAGAAACUUGUACAGUACUCUGUGAUGCCCUGGAUAACUUCCUCUCCCUUGCUUGUAGUCUGGAUGGACCCUGUAGGAUACCAUUACUCAGCCUGUAUGCCAUCAGUAGACAGCAGGAGUGUCUGCUGCCAUUUGUGCAGCUGCGUGGUAACCUGGCUAGGCUGCGUUCCUGUGUUGAGGAGCUGAGGUCCAUUCCAGGUGAAGGUUGCAUCAGAGGAGCGGCCAAAGGAUGGGAGCUGCUAAGACAGGCAGUGCUGGACAGUCUGCAACAGUUUAAACAGUAUACCAGACAUACGGGCAGUGGCACACAGGCCAGCAGUAACACGUGUUUGGAGGUGACUGUGGUGACCAGCCAGUCAGGGAGGGACACCAUUCGCCAUUUAGAGACUGGACUCAAAGAUGCUGACCUGGUGUCACUGAAGCGGCUCCUGGUGGUACAGAUCUUUAAUGCAGCAGAGUGGGGCCAGGAAAUCCCCUUAACUGAGACCAAACACGCUGAGGCUGAAGACUGUCUGACUUUGGGAACUGAGAUUGACCUGCAGCAGGUGGAGAACAGUGUCCUUGCCAUGGAGACGGUGUUGAAAGCGUGGCUUCAAGAGCAAGGAGGGGACAGAGAGCAUCUCCACCUCCUGCUGCCCAGUCCACUCGACAAUCCCAUGCCAGUGUGUAUUAAGUGUGACAUGCAGGAGCGUCUCAUAAGCCCCGCCCUUGUCCCCUUGAAUCCAAACUUGGGAAUGAAGACAGAAAGCAUCAGAGACUUCUUGCCCAUCUCAAAGGGCAAUCAGAGCCAACCUCCACAGAAACUGAGAGUGAUCAAGAGCCUGCGUGCAGAUGGAGUGUGUGAAAGUGUGUUGUAUGGUCUGCCGCUGGUGAUCCGCCCCACCACCUGCUGGCAGCUGGACUGGGAUGAAAUGGAGACCAACCACAACCUGUUCCAUGCUCUUUGCCACACUCUCCAGAGUCGUGACUUGUUCCUGCUGAUGCAAGUGGAAUCCACACAGAGGUCCACAGCAGGAGGCCCAGGUGUGUACUCUCACUAUAUCCUCCAGCCUUCUCCAUCGUUCUCCCUCCUUCUGAAGCCUGUGGUCUCCAGAGAGCUGCUGCUGCCCUGUUCACUGCCUGUUUCAAUUCAGGAACCUACAUCUGAUGCUCUACAGGUUCUACAGGCUUGUCUCAGCCAGUUGGACGAGGAGGUAAUGUUUAACCCUCUGUCUCUGACCAGUAACCUCUACCAGAACCUCAAAAGCAGAGGUCUACUCUCCCAGCCCCGGUACCCAUACAGGUUGCAACCAGCAGCUGCCCACAGAGACCAUCCUCAGCCACCAGAUGGCCCUAAAUCCACAGGCAGACGACUGCCCAAACAACCUCCGAGCCAAUGUCGCCAACUAGGAACACACACCAAGGUCAGGGCCACUGUGGCUCCCUUCCCAUCUUCCUCCUCCCACUCCUACUCCUCGCUUUCCUCCCUGGGACCUCCCCCUGCAAAAGCCGCUCGUCCCACUCUGACACUCCUCAGCAGCAGAAGCAGUGGAAGCCGCAGGGCACCAGUUCCUACUCAUCAGGACAUAAACGAGAGCAGUGAUGACCCCAUGGUUAUAGAGUAGAAAUGCCUGAGUGUGGGUGGAUUUAAGUGGAGUGAGAGAGCAAAACAGAAGUGUGUAGAUCCAAAAUAAUUGAAUUGGUAUGCAUACUUGAGUAUCCUGGCUUGUCACUUUAAAGAUGUUAUUUACUGAUUUACAGGAUGGACUUGUUAACAAAAAAAAUUCAACACCAUUGUUGAGUUAGUAUCAGUCAUCUCAUAGAGGUUUAAGUGACUUGUCUCAUGCAGUACAGUGUGGGUAGUUGCCGCUCUUUUUAUUUAUCUCUGCUUAGUUCUCACCACUCAACCAUUGUUAGCUAACGCUGACCUAAGUUGUGUGUGCAGUUGUGAUCAAGUGUGAUAGGAAAGUCUGUGCCCUCUGCAGAGUGCUGAGGAAGCAAAUCUUUGGUAUCACAAACCACAAUGAAAAAAAAGAGAUGAAAAGACGGGAAACAGCAGAACAAAGCCUAAAAGAGAAAAAAUGGAGGGAGUGAAACAUAGUGACUAAAGGGAACCAAAGGUGGGUGGUGUGAGAGAUCAGAGGGAGAUAAAAGGAUAGAAAGCAUCAACUUUAUCUCACAGCACAACAUUGUGCCCAAACCGACACAAAUAUUUGAACUGAAACAGGCAUGAGUUUCCUAAUUCUGAUUCAGGCAUGGUAAGCACAUAUACUGUAGCUAUAUCACAAGACUACUGCUGUAGCUCUGCACUACACAUUCCAUUUCCCGCUUUGCCCUUAAGCCCCAGUCUGAACACAGCUUCACUGUUUUAAUGAGACACAGAAUCAAGAAGCAGACAGAGGGGCCUCUCUGCUCUCUGUCACCCCCACACCAAGCUCUCUCUCAGGGGGUUGAAAGUAAGUUGAGGGAGGGUGAAUGGAGGGACAACAAAUACGAGGCUUAAAGUCCAAAACGUGUUGUUAAUCUUUAAAAUACUUUUAAAUGCUGUCUUUAUUUGUGAUGAAGAUGUGUUUCUGUGAGCAAGGGGUCAAUUCAGGUUCCUGAUUGAUGAGUAAUUUUAACGUACUCUGUUCCAAAGAGUUUCGUCAGCCACACAAACACUCAAAGCUUAAACAGUCUCCCGCCAUUCCUCCCCCUCACCGAACCGUCAAACAUGCGGGACGACCCGCCGCAUAGCUGCAAAUGGCACGGUGAUGUUGUGAUGUCACAGGACUUCCACAUUCACAUCCACAACGAUCCUUUUGUUUCUCAAGAGGAUUUGACGGGACCUCAAAAACUGCCCACUCCUCUCUCUCUCAUGCUGCUCUCACUCACUUUUUUUUCACUCUGUGCUCUUUGUGAUUUCACAAGUUGAGUUGAAGUGUGUAGGAUCAAACUUCAUCAGCAGCUUCUCAAUCACUUCAAAGGUCAAACGCCUAAUGCCAAAGUUUAACCCAAAACACACUGACUACACUUCUCUUUGAAUGUCACAGCUGUGAGAGAGUAACAAGGCAUGACAAGAAUCAAUACAAGUGUUUAGUAUGGUGUUUGACAAAGUGUCACAACUCAGUUCUCUUUUUUCAUGUUUGUUAUUAAUGUGCAUCCUCAUCCCAUUGUUCUAAAUUGAGUUUGUUCCUAAUCUAGUUUGUGUUCUGAGUAAUUUUUUCACUAUAAAUUCAUAUAAGUUGCUGAUAUUUCAGGAUUCAGGAUUGUAUGUUAUGAAUUUUUAUAUACAUAUUCUUUUACCUUCUCUCUGUUUUUCACAGUUUGACAAGUAAGUGAAUAAAUUCA